AUGUAAGCAGAGGAACUACUACCAGAUCACAUAAAUGAUGAAAUCUAUCGUACCUUAGAGCAUCUAUAUUUGAGACUUAAUGAAAUUGUUCGCAAGGCAGAAGAUGUCCUAGAUUUAUCUUAAUCUGUUAGUUUUUAGGCUACACUCAAAAGAUUGAAUACUGCAUCUAGAGGAGAGAACUACUAAAAGGUUCCUAAGAAUUAUUUCCCACCUCCUUCAGACCAAGAAUCAUUUGAGAGGAAGUUUAAAUUGCUCAGAAGAUGUGGUCACAUAUUGUCAGAUACCAUGUUGAAAGUAAGAACCUCUUUAGUAGAACUUCAUGAUGCCACUCGGAAAUAAAAGUAAGACAUAGUCAAGAUGAAAAAAGAUGAAUUCGCAAUCAAGCAUGAAAAAACAUUUCCCAUCCAUCAAAUGUAGAGAAAUGGAUAAUAAUAGCAACAAAAGCCUCCUCAAACCAUCCUAUUAGAUGAAGAUGAUGACGAUCUCAUGAUUCUACCAAAGAUCGAAUUUGUCAUAGAGCAACCUCAACUACUUAGUACAUCUAUUGCUUCAGAUCCUGUGUAUUAUGCCUCUUGUACUUGUCUACUUGAAAAUACACUUCAAUAGCAAAUUCCAGAGGAACUAAAAGUGUGUAUUGCUGUUGAAUCCUUACAAUAUUAUGAUAAAUUCUAUUUGAAUUCUACCAUCAUCCAAGAAUGCAAGAAUGCGAAUAAAAUAUUACUCUAAUUAAAUGGAGAUACAAAUUGCAUUACCAAAAAUUGUAUCUUCUAUGAAAAGCUCUAUUUGAAUAUGGUCAAAUACCCAAUUGUUCAAUUGAACUUUGCUAGAAUUCAAAGAGGAGAGCAAAUCUAUUUCCCUCUCUUCUCAGACAUAACAGAUUUAUUCAAUGAAUAAACCUUAUUCCUAUAUGGGAUCUAUUAAUUUAGCAGAUCUAUUGGGAGAACCACUUGUUAGAAGGUCGGCAAUAUCAAGUAUCUUUUGAAUCUAUUACACACUCAAUCGACUUCAGGAUUAGUUAUAAAUGCAUUCAGUCCUGCACUUGAUAAGAGUCAAUUUUUAAUAGAUUUGCUGACUGCUAUGGUUCAUCUCAAUGGCAAAGAAAUCGUCACAGGAGUUAAUAAGAUUACAUUUCCAGAAUGCAAACGAAAUCCUAGAAUAGUUUUGGUUCGAUACACGCAUAAAUUAAGCUAGCAAGAUUAAGAUUUAUUAGAAUAGAAUUUGAAUGAUGGAGUUGAUGGAGGAUACAGAAUUAAUGAGUCAAGUUGCAAAUUGAAGCGGACUGUUAUAAUAUUUAGCAAGGACAAGAUGUUCAUUCCAGAAGUAGGCAGAAGUCUAAAGCAUUGGGAAAUUCCUGUCGAUUUUCUCAGGUAGUAAUGUGAGACAUAUCAUUAUCAAUAUCUAAUCCAUUACAUUGAUUAAGUAGUCAAGUGUAAAAUUUAAGAGAGAUUACCAAAGUUCUUCACUGUUCUCAUUACCCUUAUAAAUUGGAAGAAUAAUAAUGUUAAAGAAUUUAACUAAUAAAUUAUAAGAGAUUUUGACUACUUCAUUAAGAAUAGAAAUUAUGUUAACUAUUUUUGUUUAAAGACCUAUCACAAAAUAACUUAAAUUGAAAAUUACUUGCAAGAAUCACUGAAAUCUUAAAAAUUAAUUUGCUAUUGCAAGGAUAUCAUGAGAUUACUAGGCGUUGAAGAAGAAUGA